AUGUCGUCUGUUCUGUCUGGUAACUCCCCACUGUCAUCUCGUGCUGGCUCACCUAAUCCCAUGGAAGAGGACGUCAUCAUGGAGGAUGGCAACGCAUCCUUACCUGCCUCAGUUUCUGCAACAACUGAACGCCUCAAUGAGAUGGAUCUCGCGGCUGACCCGCAUACAAACCUCGUUGGCACCCCGUCUCCUGCGCCUACUAUAUCCACUAAAGGUGAAGAAAUUGUCAACCCUGACGCUACCUCACCACAACCUGCUCCACCUGUUACGAAGCCGCCAACGUUGACUGAAGUUCUGAAGAAGGUUCUACUCCAAAAGGAAAAUGCGCAAAUAGCAUACUUGAAAGCUCUGAGCCAUUCCAAUGUCAAUGUUGAUGAAGCCAACCUACUCCGUGAAAAAGUAAACAAUUUAGACAAGCAUGUCAAAACACUUACCGAUGGUCUCAAGGCUGCUGCUGCUGCUACUGCUGCUGCCACCAAGGCUUCCGCUGCCGCUAACUCAUCGUCCACUGGCUUAAAAAUUUCCAAGAGAGAUCUUCCCAAAUUCCAACUGGAGGAUAACAAAGCUAAACCAUUUCCACAUGAGGAGGCAUAUCGUUCUGUUGAUCAUUUCCUCUCAGAAUUCGAAAAAAUUGUGUAUUCUUCUGGCCAAGACAUCGAAACCGUAUGGCGCAAGUACAUUCCCCUCACGUUGUCGUAUGAAUUGGAUGACUGGAUGAAGACGGUGGUCAUGAAGUGCAAUGUCUGGCACGAUGUCAAGUUGGUUUUCAGCAAGAAGUUUGGGACAGUAGUUUCAAGAAUACAUAAGCGUCGUGCUGUGAUGAAUAUGGAAAUUGGGUUCCAUGAAUCUGUCGAUGAAUAUUCCAAUCGUUUCUUCCGCACUGUUGGUGAGGCCGGCUAUCAUCGUGAUGAUUUGACAAUUGGUGAUGUCUUUUUGUUGUCUUUACCCGAGUCCUGGCAGCUGAACAUUUGUACUGUGCUCCUUUCAAAUACCAAGAGACAAGCCUGGACUACCACGGAAAUUCACAAUGCUGCCGUAGAUCUUCUUGGUGAAAAGACUCCCCAAUCAUUGAUGCUAGGAAAGGACACCAAGCGCAAGUUUGGCUCUGUUGAACCCCCUAUUGUUGCUACCUCUGGCUCAUCUGCCACCACAUCUUCUGCUUUGCCAAAGGCAAGAAUGCUUGGUGAUCGAAAUCUGCCCAAUAGGGCUGCUACCAAGAACCCUAACCCUUGCCGCCAUUGUGGUCGCCCCUGGAAGCAUGGCCAUACUUGUGAAGAAUAUCGAAUGGCCAAACGCCAAAAGGGCGCUGGUGAUGGAAUCAACGUAUUGUCCGUGUCUACUACUUCUGAUACUAAAGAAGAAAAUGAAACUGACGUGAUGACCCAAGCUUUAAAAGAAGCAUAUGAAAACGAAAUUUACAAAUGUAAGUCUAAAAAGACAAACGAAAGCAAAAACAACAUGAAACUAAUCACGCCUCUUCUAUUAAAUGGUAGAAGAAUCAUCGGAAAAGUGGAUCCCAGAUCGGAUAUUAGUUUCAUCAAUAAAAGCAUAUUAAAUAAAUCGUUUUCAAACAUACAAACGUAUAAAACAAAUGGCUUUCUCAAUUUCUUGUCUGUAAAUGAUGAUAACAAGAACAGUACGGUAACAAGAAUUGGUAAAACUGAACCUAUGGAAGUAACUUAUACAAACAAUAUCAAAUUCGCUCAUGAAUUCGAGGUCAUUAAAUUUAAUGAUGAGUUGUCUACUGAAUUUGAUGUGUUACUUGGUGUCGAUAUUCUACCCAAAUUGAAUAUCUACCUGCAAGGAGUAGCAUAUAAAUUUCCUGAUUCAGAAAAGGACAAAGAAAUGAAGCAGUUUGAGGAUAUAAAUCACGAUCAACAAAACAAAUUCAAUCCUGAAAAGGCUGAUUAUGGUACUCCAAGCGAAAGAAAAGAAUUGCUAGCACAAAUUCAAUCAGCUUUGGACGAAAACAGGGCUAUCCCAAGUGAUGCAGCAUGUACAAUGCCAGAAUCAGUUGUAAGAAUCAAAAUUUCGGAUCCCAGUGAUUGUUUCGUUCGACAAUAUCCAUUAGCGGUAAAUGCAAAUGCAGAAAUCAAAUCACAGCUAGAAGAAUGGCUAAAAGAUGGCAUUGUCGAGCGUACCAAACCUGAUCCAACCUUUCACUCACCUUUAUUGGCUGUACCUAAACGUGAUCCACUCACCGGGAAAACUAGCAAGCUUCGAAUCUGUUGCGAUUUAAGAAGAAUAAAUGCUGCCAUCUCGGAUAAAGACUGUCAUGAGAACUUUGCUGUACCAAAAAUAGAUGAAAUCUUCAGCAAGGUUGUUGGUAACGCUAAUGUCAUAAGUGUUUUGGAUCUAAAGCAAGCUUAUUUUGCAUUUCCUGUAUCACCAGAAUCAAGACGUUGCCUCAUAUUUAGUCAUAACAAUUUGACGUACCAAUGGACCAGAGCCCCUUUUGGGUUAAAAUUCCUUGUAAGCCAGUUUGUCUAUACAAUGAGCGUUUUAUUCGAUGGCAUUGAACAAGAGUUGAAAGAUGAAGUAAAGAAAUUAUACAUAAAACAAAACAAAGACACCACUCAAAUUGGCAAUGAAAUCCAAGCAGGAGUCUGCCACUACUUAGACGAUAUCGUGGUGUAUGCUAGAAACGCAGAAUUUAAUGCACUAAUGGUUAAUUUAGUGGUAAGGAGAUUGAGUAGAGUAAAUCUACGUAUCAAUACAGAUAAAUGUUCAUUCUUCCAAACAAGUGUCUAUCUGCUUGGAUUCAUCAUCAGUAAAGAUACCACAAAAAUUGAUACAAAAAGACUAUCAAACAUUGAGUCAUGGGAAAUCCCAAAGACAACGAAACAGGUCCGUAGUCUUAUGGGUAUUAUCAGCCAUUUAAGAAACUACUGUCCAAUGCUGUCUAAAAUAGCUGCUCCUAUUGACAGUCUACGAAAUGAGAAAAAAAUCACUGCAAAAUGGACAUCCUUACAUACUGAUAGACUCCAAAGAAUCAAACAAAUACUCAUGUCUAGUCAAAUCCUUUAUGCACCUAAUCCAUCAAAGCCAUACUUCAUGCAAACUGAUGCCAGCGUUCUGGGAAUAUCAGCCUGUCUAUUCCAAAAGGAUGAAAUGGGACGCAUUAAGCAUAUAGCAUUCGCAAGCAGAUCUUUGAAUAGUGCAGAACGAAAUUGGUCUACUAACCGAAGAGAAACUGCAGCCAUUGUGUUUGGUUUUGAAAAAUACAAAGCUUUAUUAUGGGGGCACAAUGAUAUAACUGUUUUAUGUGAUCAUUUGGCCCUAACGUAUCUUUUUACAUCAUCAACACUGAACAGCACUCUUCAAGGGUAUCUGGAAAUUUUAGGAGAAUACAAUUUCUCAGUAGCUCACAUCAAAGGAAUGGAAAACAUUCUUGCUGACCGACUAUCGAGAUUGUACCCUGCCAUAACCGAAGAUGAAGAGCUAGCUGAUGAAUAUGAACAACAGAUUAAGAAACUACACAAGCUAAUCCUGCUACGAAGAACUACCGGGAACAAAAUCGUUAAACAAAAGGAAGUUCAUUCCAAAGACCCCAAUCUAAAUGUCCUAGCGAUAAAGCUCAGUAGCAAAGAAUUUAAACAAACCACAACUGAUUAUGUUUGUCCACCUCAACAAGAUCGUAAAAAGAUCAUCCAAGAUGCACAUAAGGUAGGACAUUUUGGGAUUGCGGCUGUGGUUAAGCACAUUCACACUUAUCAUGGUCUUCAUUGGAACUCCAUCUAUAAGGACGCCAAAGAACUUUUGCUGUCUUGUAAGGAAUGUCAAUUGCAUAAUAUUGCAAAGAAAGGAUUCAACCCAGCAAGAAGUGUAGUGUCGUAUGAACCAUUUGAUUUCAUUAGCAUGGAUAUGAUUGGACCCUUACCAGUAACGGAAAGAGGCAAUUGUUAUAUUCUUGUGGUUGUAGACAUCUGUACCAAAUACAUCAUUGCUCGUCCUACACCAAACAAACAAAGUGACACAAUCGCUAACAUCUUGGUCUCAAUCUAUGGAGAUUAUGGUUUAGCAGUGAAUGUUACCUUAUCUGAUAAUGGAAGAGAAUUCAAAUCUCAACUAUCAGAAUACAUCUAUAAAUCAUUAAACAUUGGCAUGAUACAAAGCACUCCUUACUACGCACAGGGAAAUGGUCAUAGUGAAAAUUCUGUGAAAACUGUAACUGCAACACUAAGGAAAAUGUGUGGGAAUGACACCAGAAACUGGGAUAACCGUUUGCCUAUUGUACAACUAGCUAUAAACAUGAAAGUCCGUGAUCGCACAGCAAGCACCCCUUUCAGCUUGAUGUUUGCAAGACAAGUAACAUUGGACCCUAAGAAAAUUAAUAGAAAUAACAGGAAAGCAUUGACACUGGAAGAGCUACAAAAAAGAGCUGAAACCAUGAAUGACAUUGUCUUUCCUGCUAUACAACAACGAACUGAUGAAUUGGCUAAAAUAUAUCGCGAGAAAUUCAACAAGAAACACUACAUAAUCGAAGAUAUUCCAGCUGGUACACCUGUAAUGGUACGUUACGCAGAAGGUCGAUCGAAUAAACUAGCCCCGCUAUAUUCAGGACCAUAUAUUGUGGUGCGACGUACUCAAGCAGGAACGUAUGUACUAAAAGAUGAUACUAGCGAAUUGCUACAUCGUGAAUAUACGCCCUCUGAAUUAAAAGUUGUCUCAUUAGACGAAACAGCAUUGGAAGCGCAAGUAUAUGAGGUAGAAGAAAUUCGUGAUCAUCGAGUGCUCCCCGAUGGCACAUACGAAUAUCUGACCAAAUGGUGUGGUUACGGUGAAAGAGAGAAUGACUGGCUUACCCCUGAUCUAUUCUCCACACCUACUCCUAUUACCAAUUACUGGAAGAAAAUGAAAGAACUUGAAAGACGAGAGGCAUCUAGAAAAGAAAUCAAUGAUACUUCAAUUAAGAAUACUAUCAACAAAUCUAAGAAACGCCAAACAAAAUUGCCUCAAACAAAUACUCGCCGCCAAAAACGUGCAAGAAAUACGAAAUCUAAAUAA